AUGCUUGACAUUUUUGUUCCAGUUGAACGCUGUCCUCUUCCCGCAACGCCUGCCAACGUCUGUCAGGUGGUCGGCGGUUUACACAUAGGAGACAAUAUCACCUACACGUGUGUUACUGGUACCUCGCGGACAAAGGGCGACCUCUUGCGGGUGUGUCAGGAUAACGGGACAUGGAGCGGCCAGGAGCCCGUAUGUGCACAAGCAAGAUACCAGUUAGGCUACUCCUUUCAUAUCGUCGAAGAUAAUCUCACGUGGUUCGAGGCAGGAAGGCGUUGUAAAAGUCAACACCAUGGCAUGUUGGCAGAAAUCCACGACCAGUACAUGAAUGAUUUCAUCUCAGCCAUCAUAACAAAGUUUGAUAUUGAAUUCUGGAUAGGAGCAAGGAGAGAAAAUUUUACUGGGCAUUGGCAGUGGUCGUCAGGGAAUAAUGUUGAAGAGGUACAUUGGGGCCCAGGCCAGCCAGAUUGUGUAAAAGGGAGGCUCUGCGUUUCUUUAAAGUUUAACGACGGAAAGUGGAGUUGGCAGAACUCCCCCUGCAAUGUGACCAAGAAUUAUAUUUGCAUGCGCCAGCAUUAUUGUUAUUCAACAAUACAAGCAGGCUACCGGAACGAUGGGUUUAACCUACGUGAACUGUUCAUGACAAACGUUCAUGAGUGCGAAAAAGAAUGUCUUCGUGACAUCAGAUGCAAGGGUGCCACUUUUAACAUACCCAUACAACGUUGCUAUUUACAUCAUAAGACAGACAAAAUAGUUCCUGGAGAUACGCAUUAUUUCAUUAAGAAACGUUGUGAUUAUUUUGCAUGGAAAACCAAUGAUGACAUUCAUUACUGUAACGACCGUCAUUGUUACUGGCUCAAAUCUGGUGACAGCACAAGUAAUCCGCAGCAAUUUUGUCAGGAUACGGAUGGAGAAGUUCUUACUGACCAAUCUGAGGUGAAGAGCGCAUUUGCCAUGCCAAAGCCUUCAAGGAAAACGACACCACCCAAAGAGUCACCACAGGGACCGGUCUACGGUAUCACAGAAAGGCAAGAGGGGAAAGGAGAAGAGGACAAACCGGAACCGGAAGUGGGAUUGAAGAAACUUGUUAGUCCAGUUUUAAAGACAAUAAGAAAACCGCCAGAUAAUGUGGAAGAGUAUAAAGAAGAGUAUGGUUUCCUAGGCAACUUACUUUACCUGAGUGUCACCAAAUUAAGACAACAGCCAGCCACCACUUCCAGUCAGUCUAGGCCCACGGUCACACUAACACAGCAGAAACCACAACUUCUUGUCCAGACGUCCCUGGGGAGCAGCCUGCCUCGCACCCCUACCACCCCCAGGACCUUCCAGACCUCCAGUAGUCUUAUCAACCGUACCCCAGGGACCCCAACCACCCCUGGGGCAUCCCAGAAGUAUGUGAUCCUGACCCAGGGGGGCUCUUCCACAUUGACCAGUGUCUCAGGGUCCUUCACUCCCACACAGACUGUAGUGAGAGUGGUGACUAAUACGCAGAGUGCUGGGGCUACCACCAUUAGUACCUCCACACCCAAGUUCUUAGUGAUGCCUGGAUCACAGAACACUGGGAAUAAUAAUAAUACUAAUACUUGACAGUGAGGAGAAUAUAUGUGUGUUUAAGUUGACAAUGAGGAUGCUGAUAUGUAAUGGAGGUACAAGUCAGAGGGGAAAUUGUAGAGAAUCAGGUCUCUGGAGAUGUGGAUGUUUUAUGGAGUUGGAGAGAGUACGAGGAUAAUGGAAGGUCAGGUGAAGGUCGUUAGGAUCAGCAUUAAAGUCCUGGUGCUGACCAAUGUACUAAUAGUAGGUUUGCCACAGUUAGUUCAGCAACAUCAUCAUAUUAGUUUGUGCCGGAGUCUGGCACAGAGAGAUGAAAAUACUUGUCAAAAAAUGAAAUGUCAUUAUUUUCUGUUGCAAAGUGAAUUAUAGUUUGAAAAUCAUGUCUUUUUAACAGAUGAAGUGCAAAAGCAUGAUCAGCCUAGACUCACAACUAUGUUUAAAGCACAUUUAAAAGGUUUCCUUUUUUUUUGCUGGAGCUGUAAUAAUUUCUCUUCAAUUAUUUAUUUGUUUGUUUUUUUAAUAUAAACUUCAAUUUUUUAUGCAAUGUUAAAGCAGUUAUAAUGAUAUGUAAUGUAAAAGAUGAAGAUGACAAUUUUAGAAACUUAUUUUUGUAGUUAAUAUCAAUCUCUGACAUGAGGAAGAGAGUUCUUUUUAUAGUUCACAAAGUGACAGAUUGUUCAUAAAAUAAGCCAUUUAAGCAAGGGGGUGAACUUUUCCUUUAUUUAAUGCUUCAUUUUUCUACAUC